AUGGCAAAAUCCGGUGUUCGUUCUGCCGAGAUUGCGGAACUCGCCGACGAAAUCUUGGCCGAGAAAAAUUUUAACUUUUCACUGAAAAGUGAGCAGUUGAAAGUCAUUUCUACCUUGAUUAGUGGUCAGGAUGUGUUUGCCAUUUUCCCAACUGGUUUUGGGAAAAGUAUAUGCUAUACCUUGGUUCCUCUUAUUCUUGACCGGCUGAAACCAGAUAAGGACCAUAUGUGUGUUGUGGUCUCUCCACUGAAAGCACUUAUCAGGGAUCAAAUGAGAUCGUUACAGGACCAUCUGGUCUUGUGUUCAGAUAUCAACCCCGAAACAACUCUUCCCGAGAUUGAAAAUAUUCUUUCUGGCAACACCAGUGUUGAUUUUACAACACCAGAGAUGGCCGUCACACCCAGAUGGAGAGAUGAAUACGCAAAGCUACAAGAUAAGAUUUGCUGUGUAGCAUAUGAUGAGGCCCACUGCAUUUCUGAAUG